AUGAGGGCACCCAAGCAGCAGCAACAGCAACAGCAGCAACAUCAAGAGGAAGAAGAAAAACAAGAAGCAGCAGCAUCAGUCAUUUCAGGAGUGCUGCUGCUUGCAGUCGAAGGGCAGAUAGCUGUUUAUGGAAUUGUUGCUGGCACAUCAGACUUGAGCCCAGAGUUCUCUCGACUGCGGCAGCAGAUGCAGCAGCGGCGCUACGAAGAGGCUCUGGACGCAGCAGCAGCAGCACGGGUGCUGCAGGCGCAUGCAGCAGCAGCCGCUGCUGCUGAGCCUGCAGGUGCAGCUGCACCAGAACGGAAAGGGGGAGCAGCACACGAGAGAGACGACGACGAGAAGGAUGACGACAAGGGCCUGCCAACUGCCUUACAGGGACUGAGCGGUGCUUGCUAA